GAUAGUGACAUCAGGACAAGCCCACGAAAGUUAUCGUAGCAAGGAGUGCAAGGUUGCGCCUGUCGUUGGCAAGAGCUUUGAACUCAGCUCCGCCCCUUGAUGGUGACUACUCCAGGAAGAAGGAUGAAUUGCUCAAGACACCUUUCAGCAUUGCUACUGGCAUUAUUCUUCGCCGCAGCCCUCUGCAAAAGUUUCAAAAGAAGUUCAGCUACUUUUUCAAAGAACAAGAUUUCAGGUUACAGAAGUCCAGCUACUUUUUCAAACAACAUGGCUCCAGUUUACAGAAGAAGUCGAGCUACUUUUUCAAAGAACAUGGAUCCAGAUGAAAAUCUAGAAUACAAUUUGCAGAGAAACUUGGACGUCAUGAAAUGCUCUUUUCUAGUGGCACGUAGAAUGAAGGAUAAUGGUAGAAAUGAUACCUUGACUAUGCUGAGAGAUCUUAACAUCACGCAGUGCUUUGUUAAAGUCAAUUAUCCAGUGGAUUACGUUGGUUUCGGUUCGAGCCUCAGCUCAAUUGAUGAUUUCAGUAUCACGAACAUUUCUGUAAUGAUCAUGGACGGAAUGAAUGAGACAGGUUCCAAUAUUUUAGACAUUCAAAUUGCUGCACCAGAAAGCAACGAAUUCCUAAUCUUAUACUAUAUGCUUGGCAUGUGGAUUUUGAUGGUAAUUGUUAUUUUAUGUCUUAAAUGCGGACAAAAAAUGCGACAGAAAAACACGCGGUAAACCAAAAUGUAAGCGGACUGAAAGUUGGAACUUCUCAAAAGAUAAAUAACAAUUCUUUUUUAUUUUUUAUUUCUCAAACCAUUAAAUACAUGAAAAUGACCAAUAAGUGAUUGUACUAUGAUAAUAAAAGAAUAAAAUCUGUGUAAUAACCUUUUCCA